AUGGCAAUCGAGACCACGGGGCUAGUCGAUAGAAAUAUGGAAGAUAUAUUGAAGGACGCCGAGCUCAUUGACCCAAGUAACAUCAUUGUGGAGGAUGACGAAGACGAUGAGUACCUCUACGACUUGAAGAAGAAGCAGCAGAAGCCGCGGUCGAGUCUCCUGUCAACCACCAGAGCAUUGAGGUAUAUCUCGAGAAACAAGCAGUUUUUGUGGAUUUUGGUGGGGUUCUUUAUCGUGGUGAAGAUAUACGACUUCGCAGUCUAUACCACGUAUCCGUAUUAUAGUGGCAACUACAGGGAUCACAAUAAUUACAAUUUGGUAUCAAUCACCACCGAAGUGAUCCAGCUGAAUUACCAUGAGGCCAUCACUAAGCAGGGAAGCCCAGUUGAUUGGAACAAAUAUGCGUAUGUGUCGUACGCCACGGAUCUAAAUUAUUUGUGUGCCUCGCUUAUGCUAUUCAAGAAAUUGAAGAAUGAUUAUAAGACAAAAGCAGAUUUGGUAUUAUUCUACAACCUCGAUCACAUGGAUCAUGACAUUCGCAGUGAUUUCGUGGCUUUUGAAGACAAUUACCAAACCAUUGCGGACAGUUUAGGGGUCAAAUUGAUCAAUAUGGACGCCAUCCACGUUGGGAGGGUCGAAGACACCAAUUUCGAAUCAAGUUUCAAUAAAUUGGCGUUGUUCCAGUUUGCGCAAUACCCGCAACUUGCAAAAUAUUCAAAAUUGGUCUAUAUGGAUUCCGACAUUUACUUGAACGAUAAACUCGAUGAAUUGUUUUUUUUACCCAAUGAGUUUGAUGUGGCCAUGCCAUUGGCGUAUUGGAUUGUCGAUCCAGCAAAGAAUUAUCAAAACUUAUUAUCAAAUUACCCCUCCACCGAACCGAAUUUCGCGCCAUCGGAACGCAAACAUUUGAAUUAUUUCAGAAUCCAAGAUGGGGGUUACAAUUUGAAAUGGUCGACCGCCCUCAUGGUGGUGACCCCAUCCGCAAAGUUGGCAGACGCCAUCAACGAAGGGUUAUCGAUCAGGUCCAAUACCGAUUAUGAUAUGGAUAUUGUCAAUAGCGUGUUUGAUUCGGUAUCACACCUUCGCAGGCUAACAUUACCCCAUAGAGGAUACUUUAUGAUCACCGGAGAUAUUUUCCUGUCGCCGCACGGUCGUAAUUUACACUUGGCCGACCCAUUAGACUUACAAUUCAUCAACAAUUACUCAUUAAAGAAAUGUUCUAGUUGGACCAGCAGUGACGAGUCAAAGCCUUAUUGGUGUCACACCGAUACUAUCAAACAUGAUUAUCUUAAACGGCUCAACGAAACAAAAAUCGUUCAUUUUUCUGAUUUCCCAUUACCCAAGCCGUGGGUCCAAAGUACCAUCAAGAUUGCUUGCGGCAAUAAAAAGAAGAAAGAUUUACGAAGGACCUUAAUGGUGGAAAAUUGUGAUGAUUAUAAUGUUUGGGCGUAUUAUCAUAAUUUAUUCAUUAGAGAAAGAUUAGGGAUCUGUCAUCUUCAUCAAGAAGAGGACGAUGAUUAG